GUCGUCUUACAAUGUAUCAACAGUAACAAUGUAGACAAGUUAAUAUUUUAAGUAAUCAAGUAAAAUACAGUAAAUGGGAAUUUGGAGAUAUAACUAGUUAAAGAAAUGGUGAAUAAGUAAAACAUAUUUGAAAAGUCCCUAUAUAAUCCACAAUAAUAUAUCUUAAGUCAAUCUGACAUCUGUAGUAAUUCGUAAGUCAUAAUUUGAAUGUCAAAUUUCAAAAUAAAUACUUGUGAUACCGCCUUACCGGUUAUUUGUAUUUUUGAAUUUCUACUAUUGAGUCCGUUAACAACUUUCCAUUGGUAAUUUUUUACUAUGGAAUCAAGAAAAGAUAUAGUGAGAUGUAGUUGGGUAAGCAAUGAUCCAUUAUAUGUUGAAUAUCAUGAUGAAGAGUGGGGAAUACCAGUAUAUAAUAAUCAAAAACUGUUUCAAAUGCUCUGCUUGGAAGGCCAACAAGCUGGCUUAUCAUGGAUAACAAUUUUGAAGAAGAGGCAGAAGUAUAAUGAACUAUUCCAUGACUUUGAUCCAUAUAAAAUUAUUCUCUUAAAAGAAACUGAUAUACAAACUUUUUUAACCAAUACAGGUAUUGUGAGACAUAAAGGAAAAAUAGAAGCAAUUAUUAAUAAUGCUCGAUGUUAUAUAGAAAUGCAGGAGAAGGGUGUAGAUUUUUCAGAUUUUAUAUGGAAAUUUGUAGAUGAUAAACCAAUAAUAAAUAAUUGGAAUUUGAUACAGGAGGUGCCUUCGGAAACAGAAAUAUCGAAAAAUCUAUCAAAUUCAUUAAAAAAACAAGGGUUCAAGUAUGUUGGUUCUACCAUUUGUUAUUCAUUUAUGCAGGCUUGUGGUUUAGUAAAUGAUCAUAUAGUCAACUGCAUCUGCAGAAAUAAAACCUAAUAUAAGACCAAAAAUUAUUGUUCCAUGGAAAAUAUGAAAAUUUUUCAAUACAAGUUAAUGUUUUAUAAGAGAAUGAGAGGACAAUAUCUUUGAAAUUAUUCAUAUUUAUAUGUUCUACAAGAAAGUUAGUAAAAAUAUGUAUAAACUAAAAAUGUAUUCAUGUAUGACUUUUAUGCUCUGUAAUAAACGUGCUAAUUGUAU